GACGGGGCUGUUGCGCAGUCAGUAAAAGACUUUUUGCAGAAGCGCUCUCUGUGAACUCUGUGUGCUUCUGGAUUUAUCCGCCUCUCCACAGAUGGACUCGACAGAUCCGCGGAGCUUCAGACCCUGAACACAUUCAUCAUGUCACCCGUGGCUUCACUCUGGCUGCUGUGCGGAUCUCUGUGUUCUCUCGCGCUCGUGGCUGAAGGACACAGCACUGAGUGUUUGGAUAAAGAUGAGAUUCUCACUGAAAUGUCCAGAGACGUUGAGGCGCCGUCGGUGUGUGUGUUGACUUGCACUGUGCUCGCUUACAGGCAGAUUCUGAUCAGACAACAAAAACUCACUAUCCGAUUCAGAGACUCAGACGCAGGAGAAGCGGGAGAGUUUUGCUGGUUUUUCCGCAAGAGGUGCAGUUCGUGGGACGAAGUUUUUGUUUUACUGCCAGUGAAUCAAUCACUUGUGGAUGGAGAAGCGAUGGAAAUUCACAUCACAGAGCCGAUUCAGCGUCACACCGCUUCAUCCACACUGCCCGAGGACUGCGGCAUGAGAUUCGAUGUUACUCCGCAUCUGACACAACAACAACAACAACAACAACAACAACAACAACAACAACAACAGCAGCAGCAGCCGCCGCCACAGACUCUCUGCAUUAGACUGACGUCAUUCCUGGAAAACAAGUUACAGUGUCCACCAUUCCUGGCCAUGGUUAAAAACAAACAGAAAAAGAGCACAACUCAUACCUGAAUAAAUCCACCAAACAUUAUGAGACACAAAUAAACGUUUGUUACUUUUGUAUUAAUACGCAGUUUUUUAAUAUAGAAGAAGCUUCUUUUGUGUGAUUAUUAGAAAAAGCUGUGCUUUAUGAUAAAAGCACGAAUAUAUUUUAUUUUUUGUGAAGUUUUAUAUGACUAGUGUUAAACUAUAUCUUUAUUAAAUAUUAAUGGUUUCAGACACGUGACCUUUUUGGCGUGGGCGCCAUCUUGAGGACCUAGCGCAGCCUCUCCGUAUUACUGAGCCUAUGAGGACUUCAGAUCCGAGGCCACAGUUUUGUAAUUCUUUCACUGUUUAACAAAUCCUGUCCAUAGAUUAAUAAACCAUACCCACGAGUUUCCAA